CUUUUAUGCUUGGUCAUUAUCCUUUUUUGUUUCUGAAUGAUUUGCACCCUUAUGUUACAUAGGUAUUAUGCGUUUUUGUCACGUACGAGCCGUGUGAAAUGCAUUGCCCAUGGUUCUGGUUGAAUCCAUUCUGUGCCCCCAUUUCCAGAAUUUGUUUCGUCAACAUUCAAAAUAAUAGCUAACAGUUCUCCCCCAACAUCCGAUUCCUAUACCUAAGCAAAAUUCGAGUAAGCUGCAAUGCAAUACCAACUUGCCCUAAGUCGGUUAUUUGUUGGAUAGCCCUGUUGGUUGUGGUCACAAGAUGUGACUUGAAAAAAAUCAGAUCACUUAUGAAUAGCAAAUCUGUCAUUGCGAACCCCAAAAAAGAUUUUUUUUUUUGAGUUGCAUGCAUGAGCAAAGAGCCACUAACCUCUCACCAGCUACAAGUGCUGCAUGCAUGUAAACAAGGUGGACAUGGCUGAACAAGUUGGGCUCCAUGCAUGCAUACCACCGGUAUGAAGCACCUAAUUCAAACCCAUGAUCUGGUCACUCCUACUCGUCUAGUGAUGCACAAAUAAAGCACCUAAUCCAAACCCUGCAGAGGUUGGCCGGCUCUAACUACUUGAAAUAAUCCACGUCUUUAUAUAGAGAAGUGGCACGUCGCCAGCGGCAGAGGCCAGAGAGGUUCAGUAGUAGGAGUAGGCCAAGAUGGCGGCCUCGGCGGCUCGCGUCGCGGCGCUCGCCGCCGUCCUCCUUUUCCUCCCUUCCCUCCUCGCGCCCGUCGCGGCGCAGCCCAAGGGCGCCAAGGCGUUCUGCAUCAGCCAGUUCGCCAUCGCCAGCCAGGCCUGCUCCAUCCUGCCGCCGAGUCCCCCGGAUGAGCAUGAACACCACGACGACGACGAUGAAAACGACGAUGACGAUGAUGAUGAACACCACGACGACCACCACGACCGUGGCCGCCGCGGCCACCGUGCGGCGGCGAUCAGCAUCUCGGGCUUGAUGGCGGGCAACGAUAGCCAUGGCGUCGUCGUAGGGAACCGCACCGGUGGCCACCACGGCAACCGCACCCGAGGCGGCCAUGGGCGCGGGCGCGGCCGGGGCCGGCGUGGCCGUCUGCGGGACGACAAUGGCGACGACGACGACCACCACCACGACACCGACGAUCCUGACCAUGACGACGACCAUCAUGACGACGACGACCACCAUGACGAUGACGACCACCACGACACCGACGACCCUGACCACGACGACGAUCACGACGACGACGACCCUGACCACGACGACGAUCACGACGACGACGACGAGCACCACGACGAGGAGCUCCGCGCGUACCGCGAUUGCUGCCGGUGGCUGAAGGAGGUGCAGAAGGACUGCGUCUGCGAGGCGCUGCUGCGGCUGCCACCGUUCCUCGUCAAGCCGCAGCACACGUACGUGGUCAGGGUCGGCAGGACGUGCCGGAUCACCUACCGCUGUGGCGGCGUCUAG